AUGCGCUAUCUGCCCCGCGCACAACCCAGAAACUUCUAUAACACCCCUCACCUCGGGAACUCUCUCCCCCCUCACCUCUGGAACUCUCUCCCCCCUCACCUCGGGAACUCUCUCCCCCCCUCACCUCGGGAACUCUCUCUCCCCCCUCACCUCGGGAACUCUCUCCCCCCUUCACCUCGGGAACUCUCUCCCCCCUUCACCUCGGGAACUCUCUCCCCCCUCACCUCUGGAGCUCUCUCCCCCCUUCACCUCGGGAACUCUCUCCCCCCUCACCUCGGGAACUCUCUCCCCCCUCACCUCUGGAACUCUCUCCCCCCUCACCUCUGGAACUCUCUCCCCCCUUCACCUCGGGAACUCUCUCCCCCUUCACCUCGGGAACUCUCUCCCCCCUCACCUCUGGAACUCUCUCCCCCCUUCACCUAG